AAAGAGAAUAUUGAAGUUGGUAAGGGAAAUGGAGGUUACAUAGGAGUUCGGAAAAGGCCAUGGGGAAAAUUUGCAGCAGAAAUUCGAGACACAACAAGGAAUGGAAGAAGGGUUUGGCUUGGAACAUUCGAAAGUGCUGAAGAUGCUGCUUUGGCUUAUGAUCAAGCUGCAUUCUCCAUGAGAGGUUACAAUGCUGUUCUCAACUUUCCAUUCAAAAGGGUCAAAGAUUCUUUGCAAGGAAUCAUCAUGGAUUCUGAUUCUUGUUCUUGUUCUUCACCUGCACUUGCACUCAAAGAGAGGAAUUGCAUCCAAAGGAAGUUGUCAAAGACUAACAAGAAAAGGGAAUCAUCAAAGAAAUCUUCAUCAUCAUCAUCAUCAACAACUAAUAAUAAUAGUAAUGUGAUGGUGUUUGAGGAUUUGGGGGUUGAAUAUCUAGAACAACUCCUUAGCAUUUCAGAUCAAAAUUAGUUAUUUACUACUUAUUCCUUACCAUUUUCUUUGUUUAAUUAUCCCCUUUCA